GCAGAAGACGACGCUUCGUUCACUAAUCAUUAGCACAUUAGGUACUUCACAUUUCUGUUAGGACUGACGAUAGUGUUAAGUGUGGUGAUAAGUAUAACAGAAUAUCUACCCUACUUUAGCUUUAAUGAACUCUGCAUAAUACUGCAAACCUUGAUUAGCCAUUCUAAUGUCAGCAGAAAUUUCUGAAACUAAAAGUUGGACAGACGACCUACCCGUUUGCUUCUACACAGGUGUGGGGUUAUCAACAAAUCAGAUCUAUAAAGAAGAUGGCUAUAGAAGAGAGGCCCGUGAAUGUGAAGAUAGAAGUUUCCACUUCAAAAUUGAUGAUCACACAUUCCUGUAUGGAGUAUUCAAUGGGAAAGAUGGAUCUUCUGUGGCAGAUUUUGCUGCACAGCGCAUGCCUGCAGAAAUCCUUCUUGGGCAGCUCAAUGAUAAAACCAGCCCAGAAGCUGUGAAAGAAGUCUUAAAUGAAGCUUUCCUAGCAGUAGAGCGCAGCUAUUUCGAAUCAAUUGAUGACUUACUGGCUGAGAGAGCAAAUCUUUUAUGUGAAUUACCUGAAGGAAUCAAAUCAUAUGAUGCAUACCAACAAUUUCCGGAUAUUGUGAAUCGACUAAGAGCUGCUAAUGUUCGGUUGUCUGCGAGUGCCUCAGCUGCAGUUGCGUUAAUCUUUAAUGGUCACUUGUAUGUCGCUAAUGUUGGAGACUGCCGAGCUUUAUUAUGUAAAAUCGACGCAGAAGGAGUUUUGAGAGUAAUGCAGCUAACGGUAGAUCAUGAUUUGACCAACGAGGAUGAAGUGCUCCGUCUGUCGCAUAUGGGACUUGAAGUGGAAAAACUUCAAAAUUUGCCGAGAAAAGGAAGUCAUUUAACGACUCGUUGCUUGGGAAAUUAUACUGUUAAAGGAGGCUACAAAGAUUUCGAUCUCUUCAGUGCAGCUAAAGCGGAACCUGUUAUUGCUGAUGCUGAAAUCAUAGGACCUAUUAAUCUGGAUGAGUCUUGCAGGUUUUUACUGUUAACGACUCAAGGAUUGUACGGAGCGUUAGAAGAAGCGACAAAUAGCGAACAGGCUAACAAAGAAAUUGCUCAGAUUGUUGUGGAACAAUUUGGAUCCCAAAGCACUAUAACGGGUGUAGCUCAAGGUGUUGUCGAUCGAAUCGCACGUAUUCAUCACGAUCAUUAUAUGGAAGACCCAAAUCAUGUCACUUGCUGUCAACGAGAUGACAUAACAUUACUGAUUCGAAAUUUCAACUUUCAACUGUCUGCUCCACUGAGUGCAAGUAGCACACUACGUAGUUAUAAUACUUCCCUCAAUGCAUACAGCAAUGAUUCCUCAACGAUGGGAUUGAAAUUUGACACUCAGCUAAACACACUGUCUUCUACAGUUGGCAAUAGUAUUAGUGAAACGCUUACUGAGGCUUCUAUUACAUCUUCAACAGAGAGUUCAGAGCAAAUCAAGUCAAAUCAAUCUCAGAAUAUGCUCCUUGAUGAAGAUGGGAGGAUUGGUCCCUACGUGGAUUUCACCAACUUUUAUCAAGCUGUCAGAAAAGCAAAAGAUGAAGGCACGAUUCCUGAGGAUGCGAUAUACUAAUUUAUAAGUGUUUGGCUUAUAAUACUGAUAUGUACAGGCGAAAUUACCCCAAUAAAAUUAACUUAAGAUUUA